AAAUUACUACGCUUAAAUCAAUAGACUAGAAUCUAUAUCUGAUUAGCUUAUCAACCAAUACCGAAAUGACUGCUGCUCCUGCUGAAAAAUACGAAUACCCUCCAAUCCCCUCCCAACAAGAAUUAGAUGAACAUGAUGUUCCAUUUCUUCAUAGAGAUCAAUGUUCAUCUCAUUUGAUCAACUAUUAUAAAUGUCUUGACAAGGGAACCUCUUUCUGUAACAAGACUAAAGAUGAAUUUUACAAAUGUCAAUAUCUUUUAUUAAAAGAAAGACUUGAUAAACAUACUUAGUUGAAGACUAUUAUACUUUUUAUCUUAUUUGUUUUAUUAGAUUUUCUUUCAUAGCAUUUCACCAGUUGAAGAUUAGGAAUGAAAUAACGAAUUUGUU